CGCCGCCGGCUUGGCUGCCCGCCCGCCAUCUUGGCCUGCUGUGUGUGGAAGCGGCUCGGGCGGUUGUUCCGGCCUCCACCUCGGGGUAAGCAAGGGAGUGCCAGAUUCGAUGAAUUGAAAUGUCGGAAAAGCCAGGCCAGAGCACAAAAGCAAAGGAUGGAAAAACCAAAUAUGCUACCCUUAGUCUGUUUAAUACUUACAAGGGAAAGACUCUGGAAACACAGAAGGCUACAGUUACCGCACGCCAUGGAUUACAGAGCCUUGGAAAAGUUGCCAUUUCACGGAGAAUGCCUCCCCCUGCUAACCUCCCCAGUCUUAAAGCAGAAAACAAAGGCAAUGAUCCUAACAUAAACAUUGUGCCUAAAGAUGGCACAGGAUGGGCUUCUAAACAAGAGCAGCAUGAAGAAGAAAAACCGCCAGAAGUGCCACAGCCACAGCCACAGCCACAGCCUGUAGUUCCUGCACCUCCAGAAGUAGCUCCUGUUGCCAAAUCAUGGGCCAAUACCAAGCAAAGUGGACAGGGGGAUGGUCCUGGAGUUCAAGUAAAUAGCUAUUUCCAGCAAGAAUUUCCUAGUCUGCAGGCUGCUGGAGAUCAGGAAAAGACAGUAAAAGAGAAGGAGGCAGCUGAAGAGCCGUAUGGACCUGGGCCCAGUUUACGACCACAAAAUGUUGCUAGCUGGAGAGAAGGUGGAGGCAAGAAUCUGAACUCUCCAAACUCGCCGAUGGAUCAAGAGGCAAAACCUGCUGGUCAAGAAGAUACUAAUGUGCCUGGAUCAGUAGAGCAGAGCGAUGGCCUCAAGGCUCCGGAGAAGAGGGAUGUAAGGAUAGCGCAACCUCCUCAGCCCAAAAUGAACGGGCAGCAGCAGCCUGGGAUUAUUCCCCAGCACAGAGGAAUGAUACCACCCUAUAUGUUACACCAGUAUCCUAAAUUGGCAUAUCCUUCAAUGCCCGGCCCCAGCAGAUUCCCUGCUCCACCAGAGGCUAGCAGAGGACCAAGGGGGAGAGGACCCUCUUCACGGGCGUCAGAAGCUGUAGAACGCCCAUCCAUCCUCAGUGCUAGUGAACUGAAAGAACUUGAUAAGUUUGAUAACUUGGAUGCUGAGGCUGAUGAAGGCUGGGCUGGAGCCCAAAGCGAGGUAGAUUACACUGAACAACUGAAUUUCAGUGAUGAUGAUGAACAAGGCAGUAGCCAGAAAGAACAGGAUAACAGUAACGAACUUACAAGAGAUUCAGAGAAGAAAGAUGUCGAAGAUCGUAAAUCAUCUGCUUCUCUGCAAUCAGUUGCCUCCAAAGGACCCUAUAGCAAAAGCAAUCAGUUUGAUCAGGAAAGGGGUUUGCCGUCAUCACAAUCUUCAGUGCUUGAGAGGAGCAGUUCUGGCCUUCAUCCAAAAUCUGUUCUUCAGCAUCCACUUCCAGAUCGCCUAGCAGGUCCAGGAAGACAAGGUCCCUUUCCUCCUAGGCCAGUACCAGAUGAGGAUGAGAUUUGGAAGCAGAGGCGAAGACAGCAAGCUGAAGUAUCUGCGGCAGUUGAACGAGCCCGUAAGAGACGAGAGGAAGAGGAACGAAGAAUGGAAGAGCAAAGAAAAGCAGCAUGCGCUGAGAAACUAAAACGACUAAAUGAGAAAUUUGGUUGUGUAUCGAAACCACCCCGGGAAGACCCACUGAAAGAAAAAGUGAAUGAGAAGGAAAGGGAAAAAGAGAAGGAAAAGGCAAGCGAAAAGGAGACAGACAAAGUAAUAGAAAAUGAGAGCGAUGGGAAGGAAAAUCAAGAGCCAGACAAGGAGCCUGAGAAGGAAGGGGAAAAAGAGGAGAAAGACAAAGCAGAGGAAAAAUCUAAAGUUGAAAUAUCCGAGCCUGAGAAGGCAGUCACUCCACCUCUGAUAAUAGAGAAGGAACUUGAAGUUGAAAGCAUCAGUAAGGAUGAGAAAGCACACCAUUCUCCUUUGAUAGAGAGCCAGGCUGUUUCUGAGACACCAGAGAGCAGUCACAGUGAAAGAGAGAGUCCCCAUGAAAGUGAGCCUGAUUCAGGUGCUCAGCCUCGUCCUGCUAUUUCCUCUGGCUAUCAGAAACAGUAUCAGAAGUCAUUACCACCAAGGUUUCAGAGGCAACAGGAGCAGAUGAAGCAGCAGCAGUGGCAGCAGCAGCAAGGGGUCCUGCCACAGUCCACGCCCUCGCAGCCUUCGAGUGGGCCCGUCCCCCCGCCACAGCACAGACCGCUGUAUCAGCCCAUGCAGCCGCACCCUCCACAUCUGGCUUCUAUGGGGUUUGAUCCACGGUGGCUCAUGAUGCAGUCUUAUGUGGAUCCACGAAUGAUGUCAGGAAGGCCUGCUAUGGAUAUGCCUCCCAUGCAUCCAGGAAUUAUACCUCCGAAGCCACUUCUGAGAAGGGACCAGAUAGAAGGGGCAGGGACUGGUUCAGAUUCGUUUGAUCACAUUGCUCGGUCAGCAAGGGAGCAUACUAUACCACUGUCUGAAUCACGCAUAAUGUGGGGAUCAGAUCCUUAUCCCCAUACUGAGUCUCAACAGGCUACUACCCCUUCAAAGAUCACAGAAGAAACUGAAGACGUAAGGCCUGAGUCAUUUCUGGAUCAAGACCAGAUGACCGUUCAGACGGUUUACUCUGUAGAACCCAAACAGUUGGACUCCCACACAAAGACAGACUUAUUCAUAGAACCCAGUGAAGUGGACAUUCAGAAGACUUCUGAGAGACCUUUGGAGGAUGCACAGUCUCACCAAACUGAGACUCCUGUUCCUACAGUUGGCUUUGAAGUAGCUGCAGAAACUAUCACACAGAGCACUCAGGAGGAGCAGGCAUUCGUAGAAGAGAGCAGUUCUCCCUUGACGAGGAGCAUUUCUCAUGGGUCGAGCCAUUCCCUGAAAUCAGAAGAGCAAGUGAACGAUACACAAGCAAACAUUUCCAAAGUGAGCUGUAGACCCCUUGAGGUGAAAGAGCCAAUUGCAGAAAGACAAGAUAGCAAGCCAAAAAAAGAAGGGUUCACAAGUAAUAGAUUGUCAGAAGGGACAAAACCUGAAAAACCCUUCAAGCCUAAAUCUGAAACUCGAUGGGGUCCAAGGCCAGGUUAUGGCAGAAGAGAAGAGGGUAGUGACAGGCCAAUCAGAAGGUCUGGCCCAAUUAAAAAGCCCAUCCUUCGAGACAUGAAGGAAGAGCGUGAACAAAGAGAAGAGCGAGAGCAGAAGAAGGAAAGGGAGGGAGAGAAACAGGCAAAUGAAAGGGUUAUUAAGGUUGAGAAAAGGGAGCCGCCUCAGGUGCCUUCUGCCAAGCUCGAUCCAGAGAAUACCGUCACCGAUAGUAAAAAGGCGCCGCAAAGCACACCACAAGCCCCAGUUUGUGCAGACAGUCCUGUGCAGGCUGCAGUUACUCCUGCCGUUCAGCAGUCACUUGCACAGCAGGCAACAGAGGCGCCACCCGCGUCUCAGCAGCCCUCUGCCGCACAAGCACCCCCGCCAGUAGUUCCACAGCCACCUAGUCCACAAGCAGCUGUUGAGCCUCCUCCCCUUCCUGUCCAGCAGCCGCCAGUUCAGCAGCCCAUCAGCACCACAAAGGAAGAAAAACAGACAGACAAAGCGAUCGACAACAAAGAACGGCCGAUAGAGAAACCUCGCAUGGAAACCAGGCCUGUGAAAAGGGAGCCUGGUCUGCCUCCCAGAACGUACUGGAAAGAAGCGAGGGAUAGGGACUGGUUCCCUGACCAAGGAUAUAGAGGCAGAGGCCGGGGAGAAUAUUAUUCUAGGGGCCGCAGCUAUAGAGGCUCCUAUGGGGGCAGGGGUCGGGGCCACAAUAGAGACUAUCCGCAUUACAGAGACCCCAAGCCUAGAGUGGAGCAUGUGCCUUCUGGUCCUCUCAGACAGAGAGAAGAAAGUGAAACCCGUAGCGAGAGCUCUGAUUUUGAAGUGGUUCCCAAACGCCGAAGGCAGAGAGGUUCAGAAACGGACUCUGACAGUGAAGUGCACGAAAGUGCGAGUGACACCCUUCUUUCAGACAAGGACAGCUUGAGCAAAGGUAAACACCCAAAGCGAGAAGAAAAGGCAGAUCCCAAAAAACCUACCAAGGCCUUGUUGUCUUUCAAAGCCGAAAAUAACAUACGAGGGGACGGUAGGACACCAGACAAAGUUUAUGUGCGGGAAGAUGAGAACAAGCCCAAGCCUGGUUUCCUUCCCAAAGGAGAACCUUCCAGGCGUGGCAGAGGGGGUAUGUUCAGGCGCGGAGGCCGAGAUCCGGUGGGCCGUCCACCCCGGCCAUCUACCCUUAGGAGACCAGGCUACAGAGAGAAUCAGUGGAACCCAAGGCCACCGGAAAUAUCCAGAGUUGAAGAAGGGGACGUGCCACGAAGGCAUGAGCAUUACAGUUCUGUGCCGCUGGAUAAAAGGCCGCCUGCAAAGUUUGAGAGGAAGUUUGACCCUGCUCGGGAAAGGCCUCGAAGGCAAAGGCCUGCACGGCCCCCCAGGCAAGACAAGCCGCCGCGCUUUAGACGUCUCAAGGAAAGAGAGGCUGCCUCGAAAAUAAGCGAAGCCACAACUAGCUCAUCCUCGAGCACUGCGGUGAGCAACACUGUUAAUGAGCAGCCGAGCGCUACUUUGGACGUUUCGGGGAGUAAGACACCUGACCUGUCCAAUCAGAACUCUUCUGACCAGGCGAACGAAGAGUGGGAAACUGCUUCUGAAAGCAGCGACUUCAAUGAGAGGCGGGAGAGAGACGAGAAGAAAUUGGCAGAUGUGACAGCGCAAGCGGCCAUUAAGGCAGGGGAAAGCACCCUGGCCCCCAAGAGGGAGAUCGCUAAAAGAAGCUUUUCCAGUCAGCGUCCUGGGAUCGAUCGGCAGAAUCGCCGUGGCAACAGCGGACCCCCAAAAUCUGGGCGGAACUUCUCAGGGCCACGAAAUGAGAGGAGGGGUGGCCCCCCACUAAGAAGUGGGAAAAGGGGACCAUAUGAAGAACAGGCACCAGUUAUGGUUAACACUGAACCAGUCAGCUGCAUUUUACAUCAAGAAGAAAAUGGGGGUGGUGCUGCUGCCCUGAAAGGCUCGAAGGAUGCCAACAACAAGAAGCGAGAAGAGCCCAAAGCUGGUCCAAAGAAGCCCAAAGAGAAAGUGGACGCCAUCUCUCAGUUUGACCUCAACAACUAUGCAAGUGUAGUCAUCAUUGACGACCACCCUGAAGUGACCGUAUUAGAAGAUUCCCAGUCCAACUUGAACAAUGAUGGUUUUACUGAAGUGGUGUCCAAAAAGCAGCAGAAACGCUUGCAAGACGAAGAACGCAGGAAGAAGGAGGAACAGACGGUGCAGGUUUGGACCAAAAAGGGUUCAAGUGAAAAAGGAAGGGGUCCGAGUUCCAAGCUACCGCCCAGGUUUGCCAAAAAGCAACAGCAAGCAACAGCCGCCGCCGCUGCCGCUCAGCAGGUUCAAGCACAAGCUCAAGUGCAGCUUCCACCGCAGUGUGUUGCUCAGAUUCCAAGUCCACAGGUGUCGGUUCAGCCGCAAGCACAGACAACGUGUGCCGCGAGCAACAGUGCAGAGUAUACAACAACAAGCAAAAAUCUUCAGAACACGCCUUCUCAUAACGCUGUCGGAUCUGAAUUGUGGGAAAAUAAAGUGCCACCCACAGCAGUCCUCAAUGACAUCUCUAAGAAAUUGGGACCAAUUAGUCCUCCACAACCUCCUUCGGUCAGUGCGUGGAAUAAGCCUUUGACAUCAUUUGGAUCAGCUCCAUCUCCAGAGGGAACAACUGCUGGGCAAGAAAGUGGAAUCGAACUGGGAAUAGAAACUAUUCAGUUUGGAGCUCCAGCCUCUAGUGGGAGCGACAAUGAAGUUGGCUCAAUUUCAGAGAAACUCACAGAGAAACUUCCUGAGCCAAAAGAGCAAAGGCAGAAGCAACCCCGGGCAGGACCUAUAAAGGCGCAAAAGAUUCCAGAUCUGAGUCCCGUGGAAAACAAAGAGUACAAGCCUGGUCCCAUUGGGAAAGAGCGGUCGUUAAAGAACAAGAAGGUAAAAGAGGCUCAGCAAGGGGACUCUGAAGGACAAGAGAAAUCCAGUCCAACCACAGUCAGAAGCCCAGACCCCGUUGCCCCCAAAGAAGUGAAGGCAGCCUCAGAACUUGGUACUGAAAUCGGAACAAUGAUAUCGGUGUCGGCUACAGAGUUUGGAACAACCCAAAAGGAGUCUGUUACAGACUAUACCACGCCGUCUUCACAUUCCAGUACAGUGGCUACAAGCAGUGCAAAGAUGGAAGAGGCUUUAGUGACAAAUGUGCCCCUGCCCCACACCCUUCCCCUCCCUAGGAGGGAGGCUCUACAACAGAGCUCCAGCCUAACUCCAGUUUCUCCCGCUACCGUCGACCUCACCCUCAAGAUGGAGUCUGCUCGCAAAGCAUGGGAGAACUCACCGAAUAUGGGGGAGAAGAAUUCACCAGUUACUUCAACGGCACCUCCUGUUGCUGGCGGCAGCAGUGGUGGCGGUGGAGGUGGAAGCAGCAGCAGUGGACCAGCCAGUGGUACAUACAGCUCUUUCUCAAGCGCAUCAAUGCCUCCUAUUCCUGUGGCUUCUGUUACACCUACAACAUCAUUGUCAGGAGCUGGAACAUACACUACCUCUUCGCUGAGUACAAAGACAACCAGCACCUCUGACCCACCAAACAUCUGUAAAGUGAAACCCCAGCAGCUGCAGACAAGUAACUUGGCAUCUGCCAGCCACUUUUCGCAGCUGAGCUGUAUGCCGUCCCUCAUUGCCCAGCCGCAGCAGAGUCCCCAAGUCUACGUGUCCCAGUCAGCAGCAGCUCAGAUUCCUGCUUUCUAUAUGGAUACAAGCCAUCUGUUCAACACUCAGCAUGCACGUCUAGCUCCCCCUUCACUGGCCCAACAGCAAGGAUUUCAACCAGGACUUUCACAGCCUGCUUCAGUUCAGCAGAUACCAAUCCCUAUAUAUGCACCUCUGCAAGGGCAGCAUCAAGCCCAAUUGGGUUUAGGAGCGGCGCCUGCUGUUUCCCAGGCUCAGGAAUUGUUUAACUCUUCCUUGCAACCCUACAGAUCCCAGCAAGCGUUCAUGCAGAGCGGUCUGUCUCAGCCAUCACCGGUGGUUCUUUCUGGCACAACCUUGCACAAUUUCCCAACCGUGCAGCAUCAGGAGCUUGCCAAAGCACAGUCCAGCCUCGCGUUUCAGCAGCCGUCCAAUACUCAGCCGAUCCCUAUUCUGUACGAGCAUCAGCUGAGUCAGGCUUCAGGACUGGGAGGCUCCCAGCUGAUCGAUACACAUCUGCUCCAGGCCAGAGCUACUCUUACCCAGGCCUCAAAUUUAUAUUCUGGACAGGUUCAGCAACCAGGGCAGACAAGCUUCUAUAAUACUGCACAGUCUCCCAGCGCUCUCCAGCAGGUAAACUAUGGCACGAUGACCGUACCUAUACCAGGGUCGCAACUUUCUUUGCCCAACUUUGGAUCAGCAGGCCAGCCUUUAAUUGCUCUCCCGCAGUCCAUACAGCCUCCACUGCAGCACACACCACCACAGCCCCAGGCCCAGAGCCUGAGUCGGCCAGCACAAGUCGGGCAGCCUUUCCGGGGGCUAAUUCCAGCUGGGACUCAGCACAGCAUUAUAACUGGGAAGAUGUCAGAAAUGGACCUGAAGGCCUUUGGAAGCGGCAUGGAUGUUAAACCGGGCACACCUCCAGUUUCCGGAAGAAGUACCACUCCAACUUCCAGUCCUUUCAGGAAAUAUGAAGACAGAAUGGCUACGCACUUGUCCAAUUCCCAUUUAUUUCAGCAGAGCUUGCACAGGGCUGCUUCUACAAGUCCGAACAGCCAGUCCAAUAAAAUGAAUGCCAUUGUCUACCAGAAGCAGUUUCAGUCCGCCACUGUGAGGAUGGCGCAGCCGUUUCCUCCGCAGUUCACACCCCAGAUCCUCUCUCAGCCUAACCUGGUCCCUCCAUUGGUAAGAGCCCCACAUACUAACACCUUCCCAGCACCCGUUCAGAGGCCGCCAAUGGCACUGGCUAGUCAGAUGCCACCUCAGAUGACCACAGGCCUUUUGAGCCACCCUCGUUUGCCACAUGUGGCCAGGGGUCCUUGUGGAUCACUCUCUGGGAUCAGAGGCAAUCAGGCCCAGGCUGCGAUGAAGGCUGAACAAGACAUAAAGGCAAAGCAGAGAGCAGAUGUCCUUCAGUCUACACAGAGAUUCUUCUCAGAACAGCAGCAGACCAAGCCAACUGGAAGCAAAAUACAAAAAGUGGGUGACAAUGGGAAUAAAGCCCCUGAAGCAAUGGCUGAUUCGUCCGCUGGAACAUGCCAGGACAAAGUGGAGGAAAAGCCAAGCCCCGCGCCUACAGCAGCCCCCAAGCCUGUUAGAACUGGACCAAUCAAACCUCAGGCCAUCAAGACAGAGGAGACAAAAUCAUAAAAAUGCUGUGUCUGUCUAUGCCAAUAUGGGGGGAGUAAAAUA